AUGGAAGCUUUGGACAAAUUCAUGCUGUAUACGAAAUAUGUACGGGGUCUUUGCUCAGUGAUUGGACUAGACGUAUUGGGUGCAGAGUAUAAAAAGUCUUUCCGAACAUACUUCACCUUCUUUCUGAUGGCGCUUUACGUUGUGUUAACCGUGAACUCGCUUAUUACGGCUGAAGGAAGUACGGAAGUCUUGAUGGCAAUGUCAUUUGGCGGUUUUUUCUGCCAGUGCUUAUUGAAAUUGAUUUUCACUAUGGCUAACCGAAAUCAGUACCACAUAAAUCAUACCAAUUUGAAGGAAUCAAUCUAUUUCAAAUAUCUUCAUGGAACAGAAAGAGAACAAAGUGUUGUUUUAAAAAACGUUACCCAACUACUCCUUUUGGUGAAAGUGACUUCAAUGUUGUACUUAUCCUCGAUUUUCCUUUUCUCGCUUUACCCAGCUUACAUGUACUUCUUGAAAGAUACCAAGGUUACCAUAUUCCCUCUUCUGGUACCUGGCAUCGAUAUCUACUCAGCAUACGGCUAUGGGUUCACCAAUAUGGUUCACAUUUUUCUUGAAGUGUAUGGCUUAUUUGGCGCUCUUUCCUCUGAUACGGCAUUCAUGAUGUUUAUUUUCCACAUUUUGACGUACACAGACCUCCUACAAAUUCAUUUCGAUUCAUUCGCUACCAAACUUCAUUCCAUCGAAGCCAAGUACAGAACAAAGGAUUACGCGGCAUUUUGUCGCCGUGAGAUGCGUGAACUAUAUGUCAGUCAUAGGGCCAUUAUUGAUUUCCUAACUUCCCUAAAAAUGUGCUACGAAAGUAUUUGUGUAGUGCAAGUAGCAUCUUGCAUUGUAACUAUUUCAUUGAAUUUACUUCUCGCAUUAAUGUCUGAUUGGUACGCAACGUAUGGAUUUCUCAUUGCAUCAGUAUUUCAGCUCUUCAUUUAUGCCGUUCUAGGAACCCUAAUUCAGCUAAUGAAUGAAAGAAUUCGUAUUCUGGUAUACGAUGCACCAUGGCAUUUACUUCCAAACUCUGAUAAGCGCACAUUUCAGUUCCUUUUGUACAAAACCCAAAUGCCUAUUGAAAUGUCUGUGCGAGGUUUGGGUCCUCUGAACGUGGAAACAUUUACCGAAAUAAUGCGGAUGAUCUAUUCGUCUUUCACUAUGUUGUAUAGUUUCAUAGUCGAAUAG